CAACUCCAACAGGUCAGAAUUCAAAACACACAAAAUCAGCUUAACCAAAAAAAGUAAAAAAUGAGCAGCUCAUCAGACGACAGCUACCACGGCGGUGGGGCGUCGCAGAAGAAGUAUAAAGGCGUCCGCCGCCGCAAGUGGGGGAAAUGGGUGUCGGAGAUCAGAGUCCCCGGCACCCCGGAGCGCCUGUGGCUGGGCUCCUACGCCACCGCGGAGGCGGCCGCAGUGGCCCACGACGUCGCCUUCUACUGCCUGCGAGGGGACUCGUCGCCGCAGAAUCUCAACUUCCACCCCGUGGUGCUCCCCGCAGGCGCCGGCGCCGGAAUGUCGCCGCGGUCGGUGCAGAAGGCUGCGUCGGACGCCGGACUAGCCACCGACGCGCGGCUCAUCGAUUCGAGGAGGAGCGAAAACAUCGGAGGAGGAAUGCAAGAUCAGAGUUCUUGGCAACAGAUGGAAUCGUCGCCAAAAAGCGAUGGAUUUUUUAAUAUUUCAGUAGAAGAUUAUCUCUAGUUAUAUGGAGUAUAUAUGAACUGUGAUCCAUGCAAUCUGCAAGGGAAACUUUUUCUUGUGGAAAAGAAUUCAUUACGUGAAAUUCAUGCACGCUACAUUGCAUGCACCAAGAAUGUUUGGUUGCUGCUCUGUUUUUAAAUACACAACUUUUGUCGAAGUUCUCUAUAAAUUCUACCUUUAAAUACAUAAAAUCUAAUUAUUUUGAUUUUUCA